CUGGGCUUCCUACUUGGGCUUCCUCUCUGUCCUGUGACACAAAAGCACCAUGACUCUUACCCCAAAGCUGUUGCCGCUGCUGCUGCCCCUGCUGUGGGCAGGGUCCCUGGCUCAGCGUUCAAGAUACUGGCUGAAAGUGCUGGGGACCAUGAAGGUGCAGGAGGGCCUGUGUGUGCAUGUGCCCUGCAGCUUCUUCUACCCCGAACACAUAUACACUGACGAUGAUCCAGCUUAUGGCUACUGGUUCCGGGAAGGGGCCAGUGCAGACCAGGAUGCUCCAGUGGCCACAACCAACCCAGAUCGAGAAGUGCAGGAGGAGACCCAGGGCCGAUUCCACCUCCUCGGGGGCCCCCGGGACUACAACUGCUCCCUGGGCAUCAGAGAUGCACAGAGAAGGGACUCAGGGACAUACUUCUUUAGGGUGGAGAGAGGGCCUUAUGUGAAAUAUAGUUACAUACAGAACCAGCUCUCCGUGCGUGUGACGGCUCUGACACAGAUACCUGACAUCCACACCCACGGGCCCCUAGAAUCUGACCACCCCAAGAACAUUACCUGUAGUGUGCCAUGGGCCUGUAAGAGGGGGACACCCCCGACCUUCUCCUGGAUCGGGGCCGCCCUCACCUCCAGGGGCUCCAAGACUCCCCACUCCUCCGUGCUCACCCUCACCCCGAGGCCCCAGGACCACGGCACCAACCUUACCUGUCGGGUGACCCUCCCUGGAGCUGGUGUGAGCACGGAGAGGACCAUCCAGCUCAACGUGUCCUAUGCACCCCAGAACCUGACCAUCAGUGUGUUCCGAAGAGAAGGCGCAGGACCUGAGGCUCUGGGCAACGGUUCGUCUCUCCCAGUCCAGGAGGGCCAGCCCCUGCACCUGGUCUGCACUGAGGACAGCAACCCUUCUGCUAGGGUGAGCUGGACCCGGGGUAGCCUGACCCUGCAGCCCUCACAACCCUCAAAUCCUGGGGUCCUGGAGUUGCCCCGGGUGGAACUGGGGGACCAUGGGAGAUACGUCUGCAGAGCUCAGCACCUGUUGGGGUCCCUGGAAGCGUCCCUGAGCCUCCUUGUGAAGAACCCCCCGAAGCUGUUUGCUCCCUCCUGCUCCUGGGAGGGUGAGGACUUGCACUGCCACUGCUCUGCUCAAUCCCAGCUGCCCCCCUCUCUGCGCUGGCGGCUGGGGGAGGGGCUGCUGGAGGGGAACCACAGCAACGCCUCCUGGACCAUCACCUUCAGCUCUGCGGGGCCCUGGGCCAACAGCUCCCUGAGCCUCAGAGGGCCGCUGGGCUCCAGCCUCAGACUCAGCUGUGAGGCCCGGAAUGCCCACGGAAAACAGAGCAUGGCUAUCCUGGUGCUGCCAGGUCAGGGAGGGAGACCAGGGUCCAGGACAGGUGUGAUUCAGGGGGCCAUCUGGGGAGCUGGAGUCACAGCCCUGCUUGCUCUCUGUCUCUGCCUUAUCGUCUUCUUCGCAGUGAAGACCUACAGGCAGAAAUCCAGCCAGAAAGCAUUGCGCAGGGAUGGCGUCCAUCCGGCCUUGAAGACAGUCUCCCAGACUCAAAGGCCAGCUCCAGUGCCUUUCCUUCAUUCCACUCAGGAUCACCUGAGCAAACCCCGGUCAGACAGGUUCUCAGACCCCUUGCCCCCAGCUGGGGCCACCUCCCCCUCUGAGAAGGAGCAGGAGCCCCACUACGCCAACCUCAGCUUUCACAGGCUGAAACCACAGAACUUUCAGGACCAGGAGACCACUGAGUAUGCAGAGAUCAAGAUCCAGAAAUGACGACCCCAACCCGCCCCCUGCCUCCAGGAGGGCUAGCUCUGACUGGAGCCUGGACAGGACAUCUCUGAAGAAAUGUAUGUCAGACUUUGAUUCCUUAGAAGUUGACAGCCCUCUGAGCCAAAGUUUAUAAAUGGGAAUGUGACGCUCCUUGGAAUGGCUGAAAGUCACAGACUCCUGUGUUCAAACAUCAGGCAAGCCACUUCACCUCCCCCAUGCCUUCCUGUGUUCCUUCCUCUGUAAAAUGGGGGAUAAUAUUCAUCGGGCACAUUGUCCAGUGGGAAAAAACGCAUCAUUGGCGUUGUUAAGUACAUCCUUAUGUGUUAAGUUUACCUCAGGAUGGAGGGAGAUAUCAACGUUUGAGCAUGUAUUAUUUUGUCUUUUGUUUUCUUUUCUCUUUUUUGGGGGGAGGUGUCAUGUAUUAUUUUUAAAAGUAAAUCUAUUUCUAAAUGUAACUCUCUGGCAGGAGUAGGUAUUUCUCAAUACAUGUAUCUAACAAAGGAUUCAUCCACAGUAAAAAAAGAAUACAUAAGGAUCUUCCGAAAAUCAGUUUAAAAAAAAGGCAGACAACCCAAAAAAGCGAAAUAUUCAAAGGGCCCAUAGGCAUAUUGAAAGGUGGGUAACGUCAGUAGUUGUCAAGGAAAUGUGAGUAAAGACUCCAAUGCUGGGCCACUGAAAGGCCACCACAUUGGCUAAAAUAAUAAAAACAAUUAUCAAGAAUAUCAAGUGUUGAAGACAUUACACUAAGUGAAAUAAGCCAUCACCAAAAGACAAAUACUGCAUGAUUCCAGUUAUACCAAGUAUCUAAGGUAAUCAAAUUUUUAAAACAGAAGGUAGAGGGGGCCCCAGGGAAGGGGAAGUAGGAAGGUGCUUCUCAGUAGAUAGAGUUUCAGUUCUGCAAGAUGAAGAUUUCCUAGAGCUUAAUGAUGUGCAUGUAGUUAACACUACCGUACCACACACUUAAAAAUAUUUAAGAUGGUAAAUUUUAUGUUUUUUUUUUACCACAAAAAAAGAGUAAUAUAUAGUGGUUACCAAGGGGUUGGGGGGUUGGAGGAGUGGAUGGACAGUUAAUAUUUAAUGGGUACAGAAUUUCAUCCAUCUAGGGAAUGGAUGAUGGCGAUGGUUGCCCAAUGUGAAUGCACUUAAUUCCACUAAUUGUACACUUAAAACAGUAAAUUUUAUGUUAUACUUUGCCACAACAAAAUUUUUUUCUUAAAGAAUAUCAAGUAUGCUUCAGUAGCACAUAUCCUAAAAUUGGAAAGAUACAGAGAAAAUUAACAUGACCCCUGUGCAAGAAUAUCAAGUGUUGGUGAAGAUGUGGAGCAUCUGGAACUCUCAUACAUUGCUGGGGGUGGGGGGGAGUGAGAAUUGGUACAACCCCCUUGGAAAAAUGUUUGUCACUCUCUACUAACACUGAGCACGGAGCCAGCAAUUUCACUCCAAGGUGUGUAUCCGACAGAAGUGCAUACAAAUGUUCACCAAAUGUGUACGAGAAUGUUCAUGGCAGCCAUGGUUGCCAUGAAAAAAUGGAACCUGCCCAAAUGCCCAUAACAGUAAGACAGAUAGACAGACUGCAGAGUAUUCAUGCAAUGGAAGAAGCAAAUAGCAACUUUGUACAACAUGUAAGAAUCUUACAAGCAUAAUGUGAAAGAAUCUAGACACAAGAGUCCUCACUAUGUGACAUCUUUGAUGUAAGGUUUAGAAACAGACAAAACUAAUCUUUGGUAUUAGAAGUCUAGAUACUGAUUACCAUUGGGGGGUAGUGACAGGAAGGGGCCAGUGAGGACGUCCUGGGGUCUUUUGGUAAAGAUCUGUAUCUUGAUCUGUGUCCUAACUGCUCCGAUGUGGUCACUCUCUGAAAGAUAUUUUAGUAAAACAUUUGUGAUUUGUGCCCUUUUCUGUAUGAAAAGUACUCUUUAACAAAAUUUAUAUUAAGAUUUUUUAAAAAGAUGGGGCACCUGGGUGGUUCAUUCAGUUAAGUGUAGGACUCUUGGUUUCCACUCAGGUCAUGAACUCAGGGUUGGGACCAAGCCCAGCGCCAGGCUCAGGGGAGUCUGCUUCUCUUCCUUUCUCUCUCCCUCUGCCCACCCCAAUUCGCA